CAUAAGGUGAUCUUUAAGCUAACACAGUGUUUAUCAUCUUCGUCUCACUGAAUCUCGCUAUGACAAUGUUCUGACCGUAGCGAUGAAAAUAUUUUUGUGGAGACAUUCUAACGCAGCAAGCUACAUAGGUUUUCAGGCUAUUUACUGAGGCAGAGUCAUGUUGGUUUAUGAUGGUUUGAUCUAACAAGCCAGAUGUAUCGCGUGAUAUAUUAUUAGCGUCGUCUUCAACUGUUCACUUUCCUUGAUUUGACUUAAUUUCGUCCAUAUACUUUUGAGCAGGUUUAAAUUAAAUCAAUGAAGUCGCUAUUUGUAUUAGCUCAGUAAUGACCAGGGUAUUGGCUAUCGUUUUUAUCUGGUUUUUGGUUAAAGGAAUGAGAUUUGAAGACCGCAUUGCUGACACUGAAGACAAACGAGAGUUCGUUCAUGUUCGCAAUCCAGUUACUUUGUCGGUCGGAGAGUGCAUCACGUUUACAGCUCGAACAGCUUACCGCGUCGUGGGAAACUGGACCUGGCGCAAGGACACCAUUCUACUAUCUACCUCAACACGUGUCGUUAUAGAGCAGAAUACGUUAUCUAUAUCUGACGCCAUCAAAGAGGACAUUGCGUAUUAUUCCGCCGAAGUGCAGACCUCUGGUCGAAAAGAACUGUUCCAGUUUUGGCUAAAUGUUAAUGAAUGCGAGGAAAAUGAAAAGAAAUCUCCCUACUUUAAUGGAAACUGUAAAAGCUGGUGUGAAGAAAAGUGUGACAGAGGAUGGAAGCAUUACGAAGGUGAUUGCUAUAAGUAUUUUGAUAAUACGAAGACCUGGGAAGAUGCAUUAGACAGUUGUCUAUCGAUGGAAGCAAAGUUGGCGAUCAUUGAAGACAGCGGAGAAAAUGAAUUUGUUGCUUCGCUGUUGGAGAGUGGCGAAGGCGCGUGGAUAGGACUGAAUGACAGACGCACAGAAUCUGAUUAUAUUUGGAACAACGAUGUUAAUAAAGAAGCUCAUUACUUCUCCUGGGCAGAGAAUGAACCCAGCAAUACGAAUGUACAAUGCAAUAUUGAAAAUUGCGUGGAAAUGAAAUAUCCGAAUCUAAAGUGGAACGACAUGGUUUGCAAUGGAUACAAUUCCUAUGUCUGCCAAGUGGAUCAAGACAAAGCCAAUGAUACGAAAUCAUGCUAUGGUAAGAAGUGUUAUACAUAUUUUACAACCGUGGUGAUAUGGAAGGAUGCGAAAGAGAAUUGCAAGCAAAUGGGCGGAGAAUUGGUUAAAAUAACAAGUUCAGGGAUCUUGAAUUUUGUCGGCAAGAUGAUUUCAACUAAUAUUUGGAUCAGUCUAAAUGAUAUGGCGGAACCAGGAAUCUACGUGUGGAAUGACACAGAAGUGGGUAAAUUUUCUAACAAAGCAUCGUACUUCAACUGGGACAGUGGCGAGCCCAAUGACAAACUUUACGAAGAACGAACCUUAGGUAACCUGUGUUCUGGGGAGGACUGUGUGCGAACUAAUCGUUGGGAUAAUAAAGUCAACUGGUAUGACUCUAAGUGUUCUGAACGGCUGCCAUAUGUUUGUGAAAAGGCUAGAGACAGUCUCCUCACGUUGGCAGCUAUCAUCGGUAUCUCAAUUGGCUGCACAGCAGUGAUAAUUAUCAUCGCUGCCUUCUGUCAGUUUCGUCUCAGGAAUCGGAAGAAUAAAGUUCAAGUUAAAAGGCUUGUAUUUAACUUUAGCAAUGAUCAUAAUGUACGUUCAUAGCUUUCCAGCUACCUGACUCGUUUCAAAACGACAGAGGCGCUCGCGUCAAAGACAGACAUAACGAUACAUGCAGGAUUGCUGCUGUAUGUUCUUUUCUUUCGGAACUUAUUGCAAAAACUCCUGCGUCCAGGACAUGUGUGGAAAAAAGCUGAAAAGACAAACUCUUAAUGAUGUCGCCAUGUAAUCAAAUCUUGCCCAGGAAAAAUUUGUAAUUUACGAAUGGCUCAUCAACUCUUGCAAUUGUUUAAUUUUGCUCAAAUAUUUUGUUCACCCCGUUAUAUAUAUACCGAACAAUGCUAUUAUUUCAUCACGUUAUUUUAAAACACGUUUCAUUAAACCUCUUUGAAAAUAAAAAUUUCUCAUUUCCCGUUCAAUUUGACAUAUUAAAAUUCAAUACAUCCAUUGCACUUUGUAAAAUAAUUAAAAAAGGGAUUAAAACUUUUGCCAGAAAAUUAUUUUAACACGACACAGUUGGAGGUCAUGUCCUAUUACAAUGUGAAAACGUAUUGGUCAUUAAUUACAUACGCAUACUUCAAACAGUCUGCUAUUUUAAUUUUGGCUAACAAAACACAAACGCUGUUAAUUUGUUUCAUCAGAGACGACGGUCUUCUUCAUAGCACUGCGUGCUGUUUCGUUAGAAAUCGCGUAAGCUGUAGCCCGAAGAAUUCAAGGUAAUUACCGUUAAACAACUUAAAAAUCUUUCACAUAGAUGCAUGUUAUAUACUUUUCCCAGAAAGUAUAUGUCUGACUGUGUAUAAAUCUAUUAUUUACAUGCAAUUUUGCAAGCCAUUUUAGCCUUCGCGUUUCUAAGUAAGAAUUGCUAGAAAUCAGUCGCGGUUAAGGAUUUUAUUUUUAGUUAAAUGGCUUGUUUGGUAUAGAUAUAUAGACUAACUGAAGUUUUGUUUCUCCGUGUUCCUUUGUGAGAAAGGAGGUCUUCAUGUGACUGCAUGCUUGUGGAAAUUUCUCAUAUACCGAUCUCAUCGCCUCUAGUACUAUGCACGCCAAAAAAAGAUAGAUAGCUUUUCAAGUGCGCGAAAUCGAGCUGGAAAUCUGGAAUAACCUUAAAAAUACACUAUAAAGAAAUGUUCAAUCUCUUCCAGUUUUAAACAAUUGCAAAUUUUCCAUUUGACUUAUAUUAGACUCGAAGUUAAUUGAUUCAGAUGCGAUGCCAUUAUAUAUAAUUGAAUAUACCACACUCCAGUGUUGCAUGGGGAAAACAUUGGCAAAAGCGUAGAAACUAAUGGAUUUUUAAUUAAGAUAUAAAAUUGAAGAUAUUAUUAUGUUGUGCAGCAUGUCUUAACAAAAUGACUUUAAUUAUAUUUUAGUCUUUCUCCCCUGUAUAGGAAUAUUUAAAAAUCAGCUGUUAGGACUUUCGGCUUCAAGGUUUGGAGAGGCCAGGCCUAUAUAGCUUUAGGAAAACUUCCCGUUUCGAAUUGUAUUGAAUUCAGCAAGUAUCUACCUAAUAUGAACGAGUUUUGUGAUUCUAACAAUAAUGAACAGUGUUUAUGGUUCGCUCUUUUAGAAUUCAAUUUCUAUAGUUCAUUGUGUUUUAUUGUUAUCAUCAACCAAAAGCAAAGCUUUUUCACAUAGGCACUUUGAAGAGC